UUAAAUACGUCCCAGCCAAUAUCCGCCCCCAAACACAACAACACCACGGAGCUCGGACCUCAUUGAUCGGCCAGCAGAACGCCCUGCGACAUAUACUCACUUCGCAACCACCACCACGCCCUAGGGCGUAGCACGCUUACGCUAGGCACCAGGAUACAAAAUAUAUAGCACAUCUCACCACUCUCACCCGACCAUCCACACUCUACACGUUCCUCACCCCAGAAUCUCUCUCUCAGUAUAUCAAAAAAUGGUCCUAAUCCGCCCCGCCACUCCCGCAGACGCACCCUCCAUGGCAGACGUCCAAUUCGCCGCCUUCCGCCACGACGAACUCAACAACUGGCUCUGCCCGCAGCUCGACAAGCACCCAUACGAUCUCUCGCGCGCCAUGAAGAUCCGUGCCAAAACAGCCCUGCUCAUCCCCGGCAACGUCGUCAUGGUCGCCGUCGCCGAGGCCACCGACUCGGGCCUUGUCCCAGGCGAACUCAUCGGUUUCGCAACCUGGAAUAGACGCUCCAAGGACCCCUCGGAUGCCGUGCAGGUGAAAUGGACGCGGGAUCGGCUGGCCUGGAAGUUUGAACGCUGGGCGCUGGGCUGGGAGAAGUGGUAUCAGGAAACUGUGAUGGACUAUGCGACGGAUUGGGAUCGUGUGCGGCGGUUCUAUGCGCAUGUCAUGGUGUUGACGAUUUAUGAUUCGCUGGAGGCGUACUGGCAUCUUAAUGUCAUUGCUGUACAUCCUGCUGCGCAGCGUCGAAAUGUUGGUACUAGGCUUUUGGACUGGGGCAUGGAGACGGCGAGGGAUGAGGGCGUGCCGGUUACGUUGGAGGCGGCGCCGACGGCGAAGAAGUUGUAUUGGAAGGCUGGGUUUAAGACUUUCGAGGUCUUGAAUGUUGAGGGGGUCGAGUUGCAGCCGGCGCAUGCGAUGCUUUGGGAGCCGGAGGGGAAGCAGGGGGAGUGGUUGCAGGAUGAUGGGGAGGGGAUUGUGACUUUGAAGGGCUAUGUCAGGCCGACGAAGUCAGAUGGAGACGGGUCCUAAACGAGGUCCAUGAUAGGGGGGAAUUAUCAACCCAAAAGCUUCUGAACAGGACGAUUCUGUCGAGGGGCUAGAAGGUGAGAGGAUAGAC